AUGUCCCUAUCACGCUGGCAUUCAAGUCAUGGCCAACACUCAUCACCAAGAUGGCACGGCCUUGGCUUCCACCGUAGUGGCUUUGACCAAGACAAGAUUAUCAACUUACUGACUACGCACGGCCGUUCGCAGCUCUACUUGAAUAGCGGUGAAGGUAUCCAUCGGGAUGCCAACAAGCUCUCGGAGGAGUGUCGUCAUCGCAAGCAGGCGGUCACCGUCAAUGGAGUGCCAAAGAAUAUUGACAACAAUGUGGAUGCUCUCGACCAAAUUUUCGGCUUGGAAGCGGCUGUCGAGGAGGCGCAGUGCGCCAUUCGUUCUGCCAGUAAAGAGGCUCGUUGCUUACCUACUGGUAUUGGUGUCGCCAAGCUCGGUAUCGGUGUCGCCAAGCUCGGUAUCGGUGUCGCCAAGCUCGGUAUAGGUGUCGCCAAGCUCGGUAUCGGUGUCGCCAAGCUCGGUAUCGGUGUCGCCAAGCUCGAGAUUCGCCGCUGCCUAGCCAAACUAAUCAUGUGGUUAGAGAAGCGGGGAUACGACGUCGUCGUUGUCGCCGAGAGUGCCGGCGAAGCGCUGCUGAGGUCGUCAGUGAAAGCUGAGGCCGUUGGCAAGAAGAAGCUACCGCUUAUCAGUGCAUUUCAGAAGGAUCGCAUCCAGACGCACUUUGCAGAAAAGAGAAAGGAUUGCGGUGAUGACGAACGUGACCUCGAACGUGUCGCCGAAGGUAGUAUAGCUCAAACACUAGCGGAUCGUGGCAGGCAACAAGCCGCCUACAAUAACAAGUACAUUUUAUAA